AUGGGAUUCCUGCAGAGGUCGGGCAAAGUGCUUGGGAAAGUCAUACUCCAACGCUUGAAACCCAUCCUUGACUCCGUCAUUCCCGAGGCUCAGUGUGGCUUCCGCAAUGCAAGAUCAACAAUCGACAUGAUUUUCACCAUCAGGCAACUUCAAGAGAUAUCCGUUGAACAGAACAUACCAAUACUUAUCGCUUUCAUUGACUUCACUAAGGCAUUCGAUACCGUUAACCGACAAUGCCUGUGGUCUCUUCUUCAUUGGAUAUCCACCUGCAUAAUGAGCCUCACUGAACAACUUCACACUGGCAUGAUGGCCCGAGUCAGGUAUGGAGGCACCUCAUCAGAAAACAAAGGUGUCAAACAGGGCUGUGUGCUAGUGCCCUCACUCUUCGCGGCAGUCCUUGAACUAUUUCAUCACAACCCCCUCACAUGGAAAGCUCUUCAACAUCAGGCACCUAAAAGCAAGUACAAAGACCGGUCAGAGAGCUACUAUAUGCUGAUGAUGCAGCAUUGGUAUCCCACUCAGAAGCUGAGCUACAGAACGCUGCGGCCAGAAGCCUCGGCUUGA